CAAAGACAACACCUCAUCUGUGAAGACAUACUGUCCGAUACAGUGGAUAAUGAAUUUAGAGGAUAUUUAUGCAAAUGUUGAACACAGAGAUAUUGGGAUCACAAAUGGAGCUCAAACUCAGAGUCACGGCCGGGAUGAAAGAAAAGAUCUAAAACACAGAGGAAGUAGAUGUUUGGUGUUGAUCUCAGUGGGUCUCGGGGUCAUUUGUGUUCUUCUGCUGGUCUCCAUCAUACUGCUGUACAUCACCAUCACAGCAGAGAGAGACAUGACAAAGAGUUACAAGAACACCGUUGAAGAGUUCAAUCAAACCAUCAACAGCUUACAGCACAAUAACAGUGAUCUAAUGACUGAAAAAAAAAAACUGCAGAAGAACUUCAACUCUUUGAGUCAGAAGAACCUGGUGUUGGAGACCAAAGUCAAAGAUCUCUCUGCUGAGAAAAAACAGAGAGAUUUUGACUCUUUGAAUAAGAAGGGCCUAGUUAAUUUGUUCAUGUCCACUGAGUUGAAGAGCUGGUCUGACAGCAGACAGUACUGCAGGGAUCGUGGAGCUGAUCUGGUCAUUAUCAACACUGAAGAGAAGCAGAGGUUCAUAUCUUCAUUAGUCAGUGAGAGAGUGUGGAUUGGUUUGUCUGACAGAGAGAACGAGGGCAACAUGAGAUGGGUGGAUAAUUCACCACUGAAACAAGGGUUUUGGUUCAAAGGUGAGCCAAACAACGCUAACAAUGAGGACUGUAUUGAAAUGAAUGUUAAUAGAGAGAAGCUGGUAUGGUCACCACUGAACAGCUGGAAUGAUCUUUCAUUCUCUGAGAAGAAAAAGGGGAUUUGUGAGAAAUAGGUUUCAACCCAUCUUCUGGUUGUGCUUUUCUUUUCUAAUAUAAUAAUUCUUAUUGUAAGCGCAUAAGUUCUGAUUGAGGUAUGUGCCUUUAUAACAAAUAUAAGAACAGCUGGAUUUUAUUUUUUUUUUUUUAAAGACUAUGCAAAAAUGUAAUUAUUUUCUUAUGGCUAUAAUAAUCUUUAUUUCUCAUGAUGUAAAUUCAGGUGAUCUGGGACACAAAACCUCUGAUGUGUUCAUGUUUUUCUCCAUCACAAGCAGCUUUAUAUUAAUAUAAUCUUAGUUCAGCUGUUAUCAUGAUCUCAUUUGUUGAUCUGAAGAGUUGAGGAGACAAUCACAGUAAACUACAGAAGUCUAAAGUGUCCAGAUUACUCUGAUUCAUCUUCUUAUUCUGAUAUUGAGUGUCAUUAAUUGAUUUCUCUCUGAAUAAAUUUGGCAGUUGCCAUAG